UAGGUUUCUCCUAAGUCUGUAGAAGAACGCAUACAAAAUUGGUGUUGCGCGUAAGUUUUGUCUGUUUGGUGCAGGAUGAAUGGAAAGAUAGGCAGGCAGGCAGGCAGCUGUGUAAUGCAGACAUCUUCGUUAUAGUCAGGGUGAUUGCCUCUGUGUGUGUGUCCCAUAAGGCGGUUGCAUUUAUCUGCACAGGGUGUGUGUGUAAGGUCUGCGUAGUUAUUUUCACAAGUUGUAUCUGCAGAAUAAAUGUGCCUGCAUGUUGAGAAAAAUGCACUUUUCAGUGAGUCUGGGAGAAUCCUAUAUGGACAUGCAGGGCCUGUGAGCUGUGUACCCAACUAACCGGUAAGUUCCCCUGUUCUACCGCAGGAAUGGUGAGGGGACUUUUUUAUUGCACGUCUGCGGAAGCACGUCUUUGUGGACUGAGGCGGAGGGAUGUUAGAGGGAGCCAUAUUAGGGCCUCCAGGGUGUGGAAGUGUGGGGUGGUGGGUGAGGGGUGCGUUGUUUUCUAGACAUGGGUGGGACGGGGAUGCUGUGCCCAGAUGUGAGUGUAUUUGUGCCCAGGACGUCGGGGCCCUCCUUCUGCCUGCUCCGCAUACGUCUGCCUGGCAGUGGGCCGUUAGGCAAGCAAGGGGAUAGAGUUGGAGACGAUGUGGUGUGUAGGAGGAAUGGAUAGAAGCGUGUAGGCGGAGGGGUUGGGGCAGAAGGAGGAGCGAGGCGGAGGGAGCCGAAGAAGGGCGUGGUCCUCCACCUAGUUUCCCCGCCCACCCGGGCAAAGGCUUCUCCUGAUUGGCUCCCGAACCGUGGGGUUCAGGUUACAUUCGCGAGCAGAGCUGAGCGCGGGAGAGAGGACCGGAGAGGAGAGCAGCUGGUUCCCCGAGGGUCGGCGGGCGUCCCAGAGCCCCAGAGUCUCCACCCAGCUUCAAACAGACCCCACCCCCGCCCUGCUCAAACCUCCGCCCCGCACAAACCUCCGCCCCAGCCAAGGACCCCAACAUCGGCAUGGACUGCUGCACCGAAAGCGCCUGCUCCAAACCGGACGACGACAUUCUAGACAUCCCGUUGGACGACCCCGGUGCCAACGCGGCCGCGGCCAAAAUCCAGGCGAGUUUCCGGGGCCACAUGGCGCGGAAGAAGAUAAAGAGUGGAGAGCGCGGCCGCAAGGCCCCGGGCCCCGGGGGGCCGGGCGGAGCUGGGGGCGCCCGGGGAGGCGCGGGCGGCGGCCCCAGCGGAGACUAGACCAGAACUGAGCAUUUUCGAAGUUCCCCAGGAGAGAUGGAUGGCGCGUUCCCUUCGCAGUGACGAGACUUCCCUGCCGUGUUCGUGAUCCCCUCCUUCCCACCAACCCGCCAGCUUCAGGAGCCCCGCUGCGUCCCCAGAGACUCCUCCCAGGCAGGCUCCGUCGCGGAGUGGCCAAGUUCGUACUCUUUUAGUUAGUUCUCCAGAUUAAUGGACUCCAGUCGAAUGGUCCCCAUUCCCCCUUCCUCCCCACCCUAGGCCCCAAUCCCGCGCUCCCAAAUCUUCCUUUUGCUUCCCGCCCACCUCUCCAGGCGCUCAGCAUGCAACUCUGCCUCCGCAGCCUCUGUGUGCUUCCCCUCGAGCACUGCGGAGGGCGCCCUAAGCGUCACCCGAGUAGGCUUACUUCCAAAAACAACAAAAAUCAUUUGGUUCAGUGCGCAGAUUAAGGGGGCGCCUUGCUCUGUGCUGUUUCUGCUCCAGCCUAGCCCCAGAGAUUUGGAUCUGGGGCAAGGAGAGAGGGGAAAAGAGUUUUCAUGGUGUCUAAUUCACCCCCUGCCAUGAUUGGAAAGGAAGUCCCUAUUUCACACCCCAAUCCUCCACCUGCCUGUAACUAUUCUGAUUCCUGUUCUGAACCCCAGGACUAGCAGCCUGUAACCUGCCCACCCCUGUCCUCAGCGCACCCAGAGAGCCGCCUCUUCAGCUCUCUUGUUUAAGCAAACGCAGAGCUUGGGAGGCUCGGUAGGAGGAGUCUGCUGCAGCCCCGCCCCUGCCCCUACUGGUCCCGCCCCCACCGGGCUCCUGGGGGUGUGGCUGGAAGGUUUUUAAUCUCUGUGUGUGCAUGUGACUGUGCUGGGUUGGAAUGUAAACAAUAAAGAGGAAUGUCCAAGUG